GAGAGAGAGAGAGAGAGAGCAAUGCACCACGCGGGCGGGAAAAUAUGACACUGAAUUACAACCUUAGAAUAAAAUGUAAUUAUAUUGUAUUUUGUCUUGUUUCUCAGAUGUUGAAUUUCAACUAAACAACAAUCCGAAUCUAGGCGACGGGUUUUCGAAUUUCUCCUAUGUAACGUCCAUUCCUCAUUCACGUAUAUUCCCGUGUUGCGUUGUUUUUUUUACCACUUUAAUUUGUCAUAUCGUUUCAUAUGAAAUAAUUAUUAACCAUACUUAAUUACAUAUAACACAGUUUAGGUCACAUUAGUCUCUUUGGAAUUCAAGUACAGAUAAAAAGCCAUUUUGUUUUAUGAUCUCAACUCUCUAGAAUCAAUAUUUUUGAAUCAGAUACAUAGGCGUUGUCAUAGUAACAUUUUCUACCUGAACUCAGUUAUAAGAGUGAUAAAGAAGCACGUCGAAUCUGGGGUUGUUUGGUGGUGUUUAUUUUCAUACGGCCGUAUAUACCUGCGAAGAUCGAUAAGAUCGACAGAAACAAAGCCACAAAAAGUAAACGUAGACCUACAAAUACAUGUACGGAUGUGUCAAGCUGGCUUAUGGAUAUAAUUGUGUCAAUGUUGUUAGUUUUGCCAGCCAUCUUUAUUUUGCUUGGAAUAGCUUCAUCUGAAGUGAUGCCAGCAUGUCCCAGAAACGGACUUCCAGUUAUCAACGCGUGUGAGAGCGGCUCCAUUGUGAAGUCGAGUCUAUUGAUCGAUUUCUCCCUGGCCCAACACCCCUCAGUGGUCACAUGUCAUUGUGAGGUACUCGUUAUUCAAGGGAAGCAAUUCCACUUCAGUCAAGUUAUUGCCCCUGGCUAUGUUGGAUGUGGCACGGAAAUCCACGUUCAAAAGUCUGACAAGCCACAUUCCGGGGACAUCAUCCCGUGCUAUGGCGGGACAACGGUUUCCGGGCUGAGGGAGGGAAAUACCCUGGGAAUUACCGUGAUGAAACACAACUCACCAUUUGACGUACAGUAUUGUUACAGACUGGAUAUAACUGGACACCCUCAAGCCGCCAUGUCAGUUACUUGUUACGAUGAAACAACCGAGACAACGCACACACAUCCCUCCACGUCAGAACAAGCAGAAACUACCCCACUCAUCACAACAAUCUCAACACAAACUGAUGACGUCACCACACAGCUUAGAAACUCUUCUCUUGUGGGCGACAAGAACUUAAGUUUGGCGCCUUAUAUAAGCAAUGAUCGCUGCAGUGAAUCCACGUUAUUUACGGUAAUUGCGCUUUUGCUGGUUCUUCUUACCACCGUUGCCUGUUAUGCUGCUAUCAUCACAUUCAAAUACUUCACAAGACAUGACAAAUCACAAAAGAUGCAACAAAGCAGUGAUAUCUACGAAGAGAUUCCAGCUAGAGCCUAUCUGAGCUCACAUCCGGUAUACGAGAGGGACUUACAGCCACAGCGAUGUAGUGGUUGUCAAAAUGGCGGUAGAACAACGCAAACUCAGGAUCAAGGUCACUGGAAUUGGACGUAUGAUGAGCACAGAGCCCAACCCUCCAAACCAGAAAAACCAUUUGACCCUCAUAUAUAUGACUAUGAAGUGGCCAAAUUUUAAAACUGUUACAAAAUUGUUUGAAACAUUUUUUUAUAUCCUGUGGUUUAAUUAAUGUUCGUGGGCAUUAAUGUUCGUGGAUUUGAUAAAAAAAAUUCUCUGUUUCGAAGAUACGCUUAUUCACGGACAUUUGUAAUUUCGUAAUAUACCGAUACGCUCUUCAUGGGCAACAAUGACCAUAUGCAUUGAAAUUGUUUAUCGAGGAAUGGAUCAAAUAAAAAUUUUAUUGUCAACAUAUAAAGUAUUGUGAACGGUUUGCCUUACGUAUAUAUAAGUAAUAAACAGUAAUUUUAAAAAGUUCACCAGGAUAAGAACUUGGUUGGUAUGUAAUCAAAUCUACUGAAGAUCCCUUUGGGCUCACAGGAUUUGAUCACGUGACCAACCACGUUCAUAUCCUGGUGAACUUUGUAACUUGCUGUUUACUUCUUCACAAAACCAGGGAGGGGAAAAGGUUACACAAAUCUCUUUCGGUGGGAUUUAACUAUCUAUAAUUGCUCAUCAAAUCAAGCUGUUUAAUUAAUAUUGACAUUUCUUCAGAAUUAUAUUCAUUAUUAUUCUGUCGAAAUUGUAAAGUUGGUUUUUUUUCAAAGGUCUGCUAUAUUGUGUGAAUUUUAACGCUAUUUAAACAUACAACCCUGGAUGAGGUCGGGCAAUGGUCAUUACGUUCCAUGUAUUCAUGAACAGAUUGCGUCUUCAUAAAAUCGGACAGGUAUAACACGGUCUGUUCUGUUAAUUAAUGUUAAUUAAAAAGGCUUGACAUAACGACUUGACCCAAGGUCCAUGAAUACCCGUAACCCAUCCAAGUUUGGUCGAGAUAGAACUGGUAAUAACAUGGCAACUGCUACAAAAACUCACCUCCAACAAUCUAAACCUAUAACUCACAUUCAGCAUCCAAGACUAUAAAAUCCCAAGCAUCCCUAUAUACACAUAAAAUUACUUGUAGUUUAGAUAAAAACUCUGCUUGAACAAGAGGCACAUUGGCCACUUCGCUCACAUGAGUAAUAGCAAACAUAAGGCUACUUCAACACAAGAUGCAGCUUCAUUUUUGAGAAAAAUAGACUUUUCUGUUCUCCACUUAUUUUCAAUUUCAUCCUCAGGCCCCAUCCUACCUCCGCGAAUCGUGAUUGGAACAAAGGAUGAAUGCACUUAACCACGGGUUUGGGGUCUUUUUCGGUCGCUUCUGCUUCGUUUGUUUCUUUUAACCUAAUAUCACCUUUAUUCAUUUUAUUAAAGAGUCUCGUCAAUUUCCAACAUCAAUUAAGAUUUAAGACUGUGAUACAAUAAGUUCAUUCUGUGUUUUUCUCCUUACAACUUUGGAAAAAAAGAGAGAAUUUUCGCUUAUCUGCCCUUGGUCGGACAUAAGACUGAUAUCAAUAUGCAUGAGAGGUGGUGCUGGCAUUAUCAGAAUGUGGUACUAAAAUUAGACUAUACUCUGUCCCAAGAUAUUUUGGAUUCACGUUUGGCUUAAGUGCUUGAUAUUUAUAGAUACCUCAGGA